GACAGAGGAGAGAGCUUCAGCCGAGCUUUUUCUCUGCUGCGCCUGGAGAGAGAGGCGUGUCUACGGACCAGUAUAAAGUCCAAAGAGAGCCGCUGGUGUUGAGCCAUUCUCAGAAGACGGUCCUUCGUGUUGCACGCCGACAAGGAGGAGGAAACUGUGGCUCUAACGCUUUUUUUUUCCCUUUCAUGACCUGCCUUGCAUUUGGACACUUGUUGACCAGGUGUUUUUCUUUCUGUGCCGCUUCCUCAAAAAGGUGGACCGUAGACACCUGAAGAAACCAUUGUGUAUCCUUCAACCUCAACUAAAAAAAUUGCUUCUUUUUUUAAUUUUUUUCUCAACCACAUUUACUAGCUCUUAAGAGGCAGGCUCCAGUUUCUCCACUGUGAAACCGAACCAGAAGAAGAGAGGCGACACAGCAGAGGCAUUGUGUCCCUGCAGUUGAAGCACUGAGAAACCAGCUGAGGUAUCAAGAGAUUCCUGGACAGAGUCUUCCUCUCAAACCUUCUUUGCGUCUGUCUGAGCCAUCAAAAAAGGCAAGACAAGGGACGGGGAAGGGUCGAACCUGAGAGGACCGCUGACAAAAAAGGGCAAAAGACUACGUCGCAGGUGUCAUGGUGCGAGGACGUGGCGCGGCUCCGACCUGCUGGGGCCUGUGGACGUUCGGCGCCCUGUCGCUGGCGGCGCUGUGCCUGUCCGACCAGGCCAUCCGCUGUCAGGUGUGCUCCGAGGAGAGGCUGGCCACCUGUCGUCUGCCCGAAAGCUGCGAGGAAACGGUGCGCGAGCCGGGCUGCGGCUGCUGCCCUACCUGCGCCCUCCCUAAAGGGGCGCACUGUGGCGUGUACUCGCCCCGGUGUGGCACGGGGCUCCGCUGCUACCCGCCGCGCGGGGUGGAGAGGCCGCUGCACUCCCUCAUGCACGGCCAGGGCGUCUGCACGGACGAGCGGGAGGUGGAGGAGAACUCAGUGGAAAGACAGGAGGAGAUCAUCCCUGAACACCCAAACAACAGCAAUAUCCGGUGCAGUCCACAGGACAAGCGCUGCAUACAGAAGACCAUGGCACGACACCCUCUGAAAUCCACAAAUCUGAGAAGCAACAGCGCCAGAGAGGAGACCAAGCCAGUGCUGGCGCCGUGCCGUGCUGAGCUGCAAAGAGCACUGGACAGAUUGGCAUCUAACAGCCGCACCCAUGACGACCUCUUCACCAUCCCCAUCCCUAAUUGUGACAAGAACGGCGAUUUCCACCCAAAGCAGUGCCAUCCCGCACGCGACGGCCAUCGGGGAAAGUGCUGGUGUGUGGAUCCGAAGACGGGCAUGAGGCUGCCGGGGCCCCUGGAGCUGCGUGGGGAUCUGGACUGCCACCAGUUAAUGACCGCAACCCUAAGAGACUAAGGGGGGCAGAAAAGAGACAGAUUGGGUUUGCUGGACCAGCUGAAUUUACUGGUGCUGUUAGUAGGACCAUAUGACUAAAGGACUUUAUACUUCAGCCUUCCUCUACCAAAGGCAAACGGUUGUGGCGUUUGUGCAACAGAAAGAAAAACCGUUAAAUUGAGUUAUUUUACUAUUACGUUUCUGUAUGUGAGCGUACGUGACUUGAGUCUUUUGAGCACUUGUCUUGUUUUGUUCCUACCAUGUGAACUUAAGACAGAUCGUCUUUAAACAUGUGCGCUUUAAAGCAUCAGGUGGUAGACAAACAGAACACACUUCUUCAGAAAGGGGUUGCUGUACAUGUGAUCUAUGUACGAGACUCUAACAUCUUUUAUGUAAUCCUCCUAAAAGUGACCAAAAAGCAUUUACUCCACUUAAGUAUACCCAAUGAACAACAGAAGCUGUUGAUGUUUUCUUCUUUCUGGAGCACGAGGAUGGUUGGAAAUACUGAAUCAGGACAAUCCAGAAAUACUUAGAUUUGAAAGAUAUGGCUCAUUAGCAAUUUUUGUUCUUUUUUUUUGUUUGUAUCUCAUAUUCUCUACGUAGAAUAAAGCACAACGGCAUGAUAAAGAGUUUAACUGAGCGACAGCAUAAAAGUAGCAAAAAUGUAGGGACGGAUUCUGUGAAAUGAUGAGAAGGGGCUGGCAAACACUGCAAAACCCUUGUGAGCUAACAAACAAAGAGCCAUAGCCUUUCACACGACAGCACCAAAGUGAAAAGUGAAAUUAAGCAAGAAAAUCUGCGGAUUUGAUUCAUCAUCCGGCAGUGAACAACACCGUCGUAUUCUCUGAUGAGCAUCAGUAGCAGAAUAAGCAUUGGCAGCGUUGCUCUGCUAACAACUCUGUACAUUGCUGAUAGGCUAAUCUUCUUUCUCCAGCUGGUGCUAAAAGAUGCCAGUACGACCCUUGUGUUUGAGUGGAUUUGCUUCGGCAUACAGGAUUUCUCCCCAGCAGACUGCUUGGCAAGAUUUUCACGGUGCUAUAUUCUGACUGUGCCAUAAUGUUAAGCGAAGGAGGUUUCUGCACUUUUUUUGGCCAAUUGUUUUCAAAAAAAAAAAGGAAAAAGAAAUGGGGAAUUAGCAUUGGCGUAUGUGAGGAGCAACUGUGUGUGCAGCUUUCUGCUUUAGCUAUUGAACGCUGUCCUUUUCUUUGAAACUAUGAAAACGUAAUAUUCAUCUUUGCACUAUCAUUGCUGCUGACACAUUUUCAAAUGGCUAGUGUUCUAAAGCAGGCAGAGCAUUUCUGUUAAACAAAACGGCGUCUUGUAAUAACCUCUGGGUGACUUCUAACCCACAAAUUGAGUGUUUUAAUCCAGUAUUGCAGCAUGUUUACCACAAAUAUCCAGAGGAAACAAAGAAAUGUUCUUAGCAGUGUAAUAUUACAGAAAGUAACUAGUAGCUCUAGCUAGUAGCAAGCUAAUUGCAAUAAGGUGUACUAGUGGGCAUUCAGAACAGAGUACUGGAUUUAAGCAAACUUUUUAACGUUUUUUAGACGGGGACUGCUUUAUUUGAAUGUUCAUUGAAAGUUAUUAUUUCUGUCGUUGGGUUCGUGUUUUGUGUAGACCAAAAGCACCAAAGUUUGAAUAGAAAGUGAGACUGUGAAGAAAAGGAUUGACACUAGCCAAACACUAAGCCUCGUUGGUGGGAUCAGAUUUUCUUUGUCACAGUUUCAAAUUUAUUUGUACUUGACAAAGGAGUCAUUAGAAGUUUCCUGACCACCAUACGUCAGCUUAUACCCGCCUUCAGGACAUUUUGAAUUUAAAGUUCUUUUCUCCAAUCCACUCAUAGUCUACUGUAAGGGAAAUAUGGCUUUGUGACAAUAAUUUCAACCUACCAGCAGUAGGAGGUCACCCAGAAUUGCUCUGGUAGGAUCUGGGGCAGGACUGCACAAUAUCAGGAAAACAUGACAUUGCAAUAUUACUGACGAACAUCUCAAUGACACUAUCGACUCCAAUUAACCUAGGCUUUCCAUGCUACUCUCUUCUCUAUCAUAACCGUAACUUUCCCUAACCUUUACCAUUUCUUUCACAAAGAUCUAGACAAAUGACCUAGAUGGCAAAUAAUUCAGGGACAGUGAAAUAUACAAACAUUGUAUCCAACUGGUGCUUUGAAAUUGUGACAUUGCACACAUGUGCGUGGUGUUGCGAUGAUUAUUCUAAUUCAAUAUAUUGUGCAGCUCUAAUCAGGACUCAUACUCUGUCAUAUUUCCAUAAAGGUCAAUUGGCCCAAACGCAGAUCAUAACAGUGGUCAAAUGGAAAAUAAGUUGCAAAUUUUAAUGUCAAAGAAUACAACUUUAUAACAUUGACAAAAUGGAAGGGAAAAAACUCCUCUUAAUUAUUUAUUGUGAGAACAAUGAUGACAUAAGAGUCUUAGGUAUCAAAAUAGAAGUCUACACAUUAAACUAAGAAAACUGGUAUGGGCUGGCCCAUUACUGACUAAUUUUGCCCCUUUUACCUAUUGUAUUUUUUGAAGAAAAUUUAGAUAGUAAUAUAAAAGCGUAAUAAAUGGUUAUUAAAAAAAACAAGCUCAAUUUCUAUAAAUUUACACCUUGUAGCUUUAUUUAGAUGCACAAUUCCAGCUAGAGUGUUUUCUUGUUUUUUUGCAUUCUUGUUUUUUUUCUGCCACCGCUAUCUAAUGCAAACUUUGAAUUCUUUUAUUUGCUCUUCACAACCAUUACAUGUCAAUAGAUCAAUCAAAAUUUUCAAGGAACUGAUUAAUUUUUAUCCUUUCAUUGAAGAAUGUAUUUCAUGCAAGGAAAAGUUUAACUAAUAUUGUUGAAAAUGUAAAGGUUUUCAAUGCUAUUUCUAAUUAACUGAUGGUCGAAGACAGUGCUAGAGAACCCUUCUCAGACAUGGAAAUAUGACAAACAACCACAGACAAAAACACAGUCAUCUAUAUUUCAAUGGGCCACAGAUGAAUGUUUUACCUGAAUCUAUCUUUAUGCCACUAAACAUGUUGAAAAUAAUUUCUUUGUUUUAAAGUUUAAACCUUUAGCAAAGAAAACAAAGACGUUUAUCUUUCAUUUCUAAAUGCCUUCUGAGUGCAUAGUUACUUGAUAGUAAGCUGCUUGAUCUAAGACUUUGCAGUUUUAAACUGUUUCUUGAGAAUAGACUGUUCUUGUUUGCAUCUUAUAUUAUCUGUUUAUGUCUAGAUUGUAUGAAUUAAUGUUUGCAUGCAUACAAAUAAACCAGAGACAGAGGACGUCUGUCUUGUCUAGAAGAGGACUGUGCAGUAGAGCGGAUAUUAAUAAUGUUGACCUGAAAAUAAAAUGUACUCAUUGUAAUGUAUCAAUUAAAAUAUGAUAGAAACUA